AUGCCUCCUCACGUGUUCCAUUUGGACGUACAUCUGAAUGCAACUUUGGCGACCAUUAACGAUGAGGAUGGUCCUUUUGCAAUGUCCGAUCAAAUGCUCAAGGCAAACAAGUCUAUGCUGGACAACAUCAAGAACAUAACGAGCAGCGGCUUGCAGGGAGAGAUCCCACGAGACUUCAAGUGGCUACUUGGUGACUUCGAAAUUGGGAUAUUGAAGUCUUCUAUUGAAAUCCAAGCAAAAGUCCACAAGUUGCUCAACCUCCUCUCGUCGGUCCGUGAGGCCGUUGAUGACAACACACGCCCUCUGAAGGAGUUUUUGGAGAACAUAAACCUGAGUAAGUAUGUAGAGUCUCUGACGUCGGACUUUGAAGUUUUGACGGUUGAAGACUUAACCGACGGCUUCACCGAUGAGGAGUUACUGACAGAACUGGAGCCCCAAAUAUCUUCAAAGAUACACCGCAAGAAGGUGGUGAGGGAGAUCAAGAAAUGUGGGGCCAAGAAAGAUGAGCUUGAAGAGAUAACAAAGGAAAUUCGCGAAACCCUUGUUGAGAUUUCGGCAUUAUCGAAAAAGAUGGCAAAAUAUAUACCUGAUAUUAAGGAAAAGAUACGCGAGGCCAUACAAUCGACGGAAGAUGUCAAAGCUAAAUGUGAGAAAGACAAGAACUAUCACUCAUGGGCAAGGUUCGCGUUUGGGGGCCUGUGCGUAGUUGGGGCAGUUGCUACCCUCGGGCUUGGCAUAGGCGCGGUUGCAGCAGUCGAUGCAGCCGCAUCUGCAGGGGGUGUUGUAGCUGGUGCAGCUGUAGCAGUAGGUGGUGUAGUUGCAGUAGGUGCUGCAGGUGCCGGCACAGCUGCAGCGGGUUACAAGGCAUACCAGUCCCACAAGAAUAAGUUGGAGCUUUCUGACUAUAUGGAGCAGCUUGAGGAGACUUUGAAGGCCAUGGAUAAGGCCCAAAGUCACGUUGAGAAGCGAGAGACACAGUGGAUGAACCUUGCGCAUGAUCCUGCUGAACAGGCAGAGACUGCCCAGGUUAAACUGGAAAAAAAAGUUUUCAAAAAGGUGCCAUCUUCCACAAAGGACAACGAGCGUGUUCAAGAGGGCCUGAGAGGUUCUGAGGAGACCUUGCCGACAGACCAGGUUAAACUGGGGAAAAGAGUUAUCAGUCUGCCAUCUUCCAAAACACACAAAAAAGCUUUUCAAGAGGCGCUGAGAGGUUCUGAGGAGACCCUGCAGAGGUUUGAUGACGGGAUGACAUUCCUCAAGGAGAGCGCUAACGCCGUCCUGGACGUUCUGCAUGGGUGAACAGAUUACAGAGACAACAUCCAUCUUGGUGGUAUAAGUAGUUGAGUAUUCAGCUUGAAUUUGGAACAACGUUAACCCAAACCCUUUCUUGUUGUUUCUGUAUCUUUGUUUGAAAAUAUGCGUUAUCUUGCUUCUAUAUGCAACAUACUUUUAUCAAAAGUAACUAUAUAAAGUACACAGUUGUUAUCAUGCAGAAUUGCACAAAAUGUAACCAUGGUAAUUCACAGAUAUUAUCAUGAUAUAUACAACUUUUAUGGAAUUCACCAUAUGAUUAGUGUUUGUUGUUCUCAACUUGGUUCUUCAACAACAGUAAUGGAUCUACAUAUUUAAUCUGAGGCUUGUUGUCAUUUCAAUUCAUAUCACCCAGGUCUAUGAAUUGAGUUGUAUGGCAUUGACAUUAUGUUGUAUAUUGUGUGUUUUUAUGCACCCUACAAUUAAUAAGUUACAAGGGUAUCAUACGAGAUUUAACGAUACGACAUGAUAUGAUUCUUUAUUCCAUGUUAUUGCCUAGAUGAGCUAAAUGCACAAAUGCGACCAAAUGUGGUCGAGAGGAUAAAAACAUGAGUAUUGCUGGAACGCUAUAUUCUAAUGCUAAGUGCUAGGAGUCUAUAUAUUACAAUGCUACAUAGUACUAUAUAUCAUCUACUAUGUAAUAUAGGAUAAGAAUCUGUUAUAUAAUUAGUUGACAAUUUUGGUAAAUUCGGUUUCAGUGGCUUUGUACAUAUAAAGCUGAUCAUCAUUUAUUACUGUUAUGUUAUAUGCUGUGGUGUUACGUAAA